AUGACAGACACAAGUAAAAUAACGCACUUCGAAAUCUGCCGUUUCAUCCGCGACAUCUCGCUCAAGCUCGAGCUUCUGCCAAAAGUGACCUGCUCCGCACUGCAAAUUUAUCACCACGUCUACGAUUUCUCCGACUUUGCAACUUUCGAAGAGAUCAAUCCAUACAACGUAGCGACCUCUUGUGUUUGGCUCGCUACAAAAGUGUCGCAGCAGUCAACUCACACAUUAUUCCAAGCAGUGUUGAUUCUUCAGACACAAUUUUGCAAAUUUUCCCGGCUCUGGAAUCAUACUCGAGGAUGGGAAAAAUUACCGGCAAAAUCAACAAAGAGAGAAAAUACAAAAUAA